AUGCAUCUAGCAACGAUGUAUGGCAGAAUUGAUAACGUAGACUUACUCCUUGGAUGCGGCGCCGACAUCAACGCCCAAGAUAACAAGAAAUUUACCCCUCUUCAUUACGCUGCAAAUUGCAAUCACGCAGAAAUCGUUCAAUACCUUAUUAAUGCAGGUUGCGACCAUCAAAUGUUGAAUGAUGAAGGCUUAAGAGCCCAGGAAAUCGCUCCAGAGCCACUCAAAUCCGACAUUACAAAUUAUAUGAUUAAUUGCUUGAUGUCUCCAAGGCGUGAUGGUGAGACACCUCAAAUCACACCAGGAAAAUGCAUCCUUUGCCAAGCAGAAUGCCCAGUCUACACCUUCGGACCAUGUCCACACGUACAAGUCUGCGAUACUUGCUAUAUUAACAACAAGCAGAUCCUUAAGACGUGUCCAAUAUGUUCGAAGCCGUUAAAGAGACUGAUGGUAACUGCUGAAAAAUUUUAA